AUGGCCGCCACCGCGGACGCGCCGCCGCCCGCCGCGGACGCCGCUGACACGGAAGAGGUCGAGGGCGGGAACGUCCGCGUCGCGCUCCCGAGCGCGUUCCUGGACGACGCCUCGUGCUCGCUCAGCUCCGUCGUGGGCGUGGACGUCUGGCGCGACGUCCUCGACGACGCCGAUCGCGCGUCGCUUCGCGCGUUCCUCCCGCGCGCGGACGCGCCGGACGCCGAGAUCCACGACCUCCUCGCGAAGCUCUUCGCGACCCCGGGCACGACCGCCGCGCGCGACGCGGAGGCGUUCUUCCAUUUCGGCAGCGACGCGACGCGCGCGUGGCGCGAGAUGCGCGCGCGCGAGCGGCAUCCGGAGUCGAUGCGAUACCGCGCCGCGAUCGCGCGCGUCGAGCGCGGCGCGCACGAGUACGAGACGCGGCUCGCGCACAAUCGCGUCGCGCGAUCCGCGCUCGGCAUGAAGCUCCUGUUCGACGAGGACACGCCCGCGAGGGCGACGCCGGCGGAUCGCGCGCGCGCGUGGCGGCGACGAGACGUCACGCCCGAGCUCGAAGAGUUUCGCGGGCCGCCGCCGUCGGGCGCCAUGCGGCUGCGGCUGGACGUCGGCGCGGCGACGCCGGCGGAGGACCCGAGGCUCGCGGCGUUGUCGCGCGCGGCGCGCGACGCGGACGACGAGGCCGCGAGCGCGGUGAAGGCGGCGGAGGAAGCCGCGGAGAGGGCGGUGACGGCGGCGAGCGGCGGAGAGAUCGGCGGGGGGGAGACGGGCGGCGGCGAAGCGGCGGCGGCGCGCGCGGCGCUCGCGGCUGAGCUGGCCGAGGCGGCGGUGGCGCGCGCGGCGGCGGCGAAGAAGCGCGCCGAGGACGCGCGCGCGGCGCUCUCUGCGGCGAAGCGGGAGAUGUGCCCGCCCUCGAGCGGGAAGAAGGCGAAGGUUGAGAAGGUGGUCGGCCCGGAGGGGAUCAAAGGGAAGUUCUCGAUGUCCGAGGACUUCUGAUGAGACGUCUGAUAGUUUUUAGGGUUGCGGCUGCGACCGCUGCUACGUUUGGCGCG